UGCCACCCCCUACUUACUGAAAACUGCAGCCUUUUUUUAGCUCCCAACAAAAAACAAAACCAAAAAAAUGGCUGAACAACAGCAGCAACAUGAUCAUCACAAAGAGCUUCAGCUUUUACCUUCUCCACUGUCGACGGAAUCUCCGGUAAGGACACUCCUCCCAACAGCGACAACAACCGAUCACCACCAUUCCUCAUCCAUGUUCCACCACGAUCUCGACCUCAAACUCUCCAUCAGCCUUAGCACAAUUCCAACGGCGACAGUGGAGCAUGUAAGCGAUGGCGGCGGAGGAGGUGUGGAGGCUCUGAAGUGGCAGGCGGCGGAGCAGAUAAGACUGGCGGCGAUAGAGAAGGCUUACGCCGAGAGAGUCAGAGAGCUGACUCGCCGUGAGAUGGAGAUGGCUCAAUCUGAGUUUGCUCGUGCAAGGGUGAUGUGGCAGAAGGCGAGGGAGGAGGUUGAGAGAGCGGAGAGGUUGAAGGAGAGAUCAAUGACCAAGAUCGAUACGACUUGCUUGGAGAUCACUUGCCACUCUUGCAGUCAGCGUUUUAGGCCUUAAUAAUCUUUUUACGUAAUUAAUUUCUUUUUGUUUUCUUGAAAUCUAAGGAAAACAAAUGAUAUGUUCAAAUAAGAAAUUAAUUAUUUC